GAGUGAGGCUCACUUCCGCCCGCGGGGGAGCGGCGGCCGUGGCGGUGCUGGCAACCGGGCCGGGGCGCCGAGGGAUUGACGGAAGGGCGGCCGGCCGGGAGCCAUGGAGCGCGGCCCCGGGGCCGGGGGGCGCGGGCCGCAGCGGUUCUCCCUCUGCACAACAUGGACACACGAGGCUGCGAGGCUCCUGAGGGCUCAGCUUGGACCGCGAUGGGGCUGGGCUGCAGCCUCCUAACGGGGCUCUUGUCUGGGGCGGUGGCUGGGGGGUGCCCUGCCCCCUGCCCUUGUCUCCAAGCACCCUCUCCCGUCCCCCACCGGGUGAGGCCUGCCCCAGGGCCCGGUGCCCACCAUGAAUGGCCUGUCAGUGACCGAGCUCUGCUGCCUCUUCUGCUGCCCGCCCUGUCCUGGCCGCAUUGCUGCCAAACUCGCCUUCCUGCCUCCGGAGCCCACCUAUUCGCUGAUGCCUGAGCCGGAACCUGGACCCGGCGGGGCUGGGGCCGCCCCCUCGGGGACCCUGCGGGCCUCAGCUGGCACCCCUGGGCGCUGGAAGCUCCACCUGAUGGAGCGCGCUGACUUCCAGUACAGCCAGCGUGAACUGGACACCAUUGAGGUCUUCCUGACCAAGAGCAGCCGCGGCAACCGCAUCUCCUGCAUGUACGUGCGCUGCGUGCCAGGCGCCAGAUAUACGGUUCUCUUCUCGCAUGGCAAUGCGGUGGACCUGGGGCAGAUGAGCAGCUUCUACAUCGGCCUGGGCACGCGCAUCAACUGCAACAUCUUCUCCUAUGAUUACUCCGGCUACGGCGUCAGCUCUGGCAAGCCCUCGGAGAAGAACCUCUACGCCGACAUUGAUGCUGCCUGGCAGGCCCUGCGUACCAGGUACGGCAUCAGCCCGGACAGCAUCGUCCUGUACGGGCAGAGCAUCGGCACUGUGCCCACUGUGGACCUGGCCUCGCGCUACGAGUGCGCCGCGGUGGUGCUGCACUCCCCGCUCACCUCGGGCAUGCGCGUCGCCUUCCCUGACACCAAGAAGACCUACUGCUUUGACGCGUUCCCCAACAUCGAGAAGGUGUCCAAAAUCACGUCGCCGGUGCUCAUCAUCCACGGCACGGAGGACGAGGUGAUCGACUUCUCGCAUGGGCUGGCGCUCUACGAGCGCUGCCCCAAGGCCGUGGAGCCCCUAUGGGUAGAGGGCGCUGGGCACAACGACAUCGAGCUCUACAGCCAGUACCUGGAGCGCCUACGCCGCUUCAUCUCCCAGGAGCUGCCCAGCCAGCGCACCUAGCCUAACGGACCUCAGCGAUAAGGCGGCGCCCGGACCUCGCCCCGGCGCUGGGGGCUGCAUGUGAAUCCCCAGGCUCCCCAAGCACUGCCCUCCAGGCAGCCGGUAGGCAGGCGUUGGGACCUGCCCCUCAUCCAGGGGCGUGGACAAUGUACAGGCAACGGAGCUACGCUCUCCUUUCCUUUCGGAAGCAAAACGAAGGAAAAACGUGAAAACAAAUUAAAGAUUUAAAAUUUUAAA